AACGUCGAACGCUGAUCGGUGAACGUCGCACACUCUCGUUGACACGCACUCUCUCCCUCCUCCCAACACCUUCUCCUCCUCCUCCCCAACCACCCACCCAACAGAGCAGUAUGUUGGGCAAACACACGCGACUCUUUAAGAUACUUUUCGUGAUCAUUUCCAUCAAGGUGUUCAUAUUGUUAGUGCUCCUUUGUGUCAACAGCUCCGAUAUACACCGCGUUAGUCGCGGUCGUACCUCAAAAUUUAUCAAUGAUUUACUCAUUGACAGACGUCAAGAACCCAACUUGGAGGAGCGACUGAAGCUCAUACGCGAAGAGAUGCCAUCGUUUCCACUCGAGGAGUUGCUGCGACGCCCUCGGGACGUAAAGCCAAAUCAAUGCGGUGAGGCGCCCGAUUUCAUGAACAUCGAAUAUCACAAUGAAUACUGGCAAGCGCUGCAGAUUGAGAAUACGUCAUUCUAUUUCUUUGGCGCCUACUACGACGAUCGUAAGACUGUUCCGAAGACACCAUUGGUCCGUCUGCUGACGAUGAUCAAUCUGUAUGGGUCCGAGGGUAAGGUCGAUUAUCCGAUCAUCUAUUGCCAGCUGUGGUAUAAGGAUCGUGUGGAGCCACUGAUCGUCAAGGGCAUCGAUCACAAGAUCGUUUGGAUCUGGGGCGGUGCAUCGCGUCGCUUCUUCCCGACGCUCAUCAGCUGUCCGCUGCCAAAGCCGAAGGGCGGCAAAGCCGAGGUGCCCGAAAUGGUAUCGCUGGUGGCCGAUCGUUGCGAUCGUGCCAAGAAUCUGUUGCGCGUGGUGCACGAAUUGCCGGAGCCAUCGGAAGUGCAACAGAGCAAAUCGAGUCGUCGAUUUAUGGUCUGUGUCAAGGCAAUGGAUUUCCCAUACACGGAUAUGUCGUGGCGCAUCAUCGAGUGGCUGGAAGUGCUGCGUAUGCUGGGCGUCGAUAAGGUUGUGUUCUAUGACGCACAAAUGCAUCCGAAUAUGACGCGUGUGCUCAACGAUUACAAGACGAAUGAACCGCACUUUGUCGAGCUGCGUCCGAUGUCCUUGGGCCGCGGUGAACCGCAUUCGCCGCGACACUUUCAUCACUAUGCCAUGGCCUCGGACGGUUUCAAUCGCAUACUGAACGAGAUGAUACCCUACAACGAUUGCUUCUACCGCAACAUGUAUAAGUACGAUUACGUGGGUAUCUUUGACAUCGAUGAGGUGAUCAUGCCGCUGCACAAUGUCACCAAUUGGAAUGAUUUGAUUGAGCUCGGCUACCGUGUGCCCGACUACGAACGUGACUCAAAGGGUUGCUCGGAUUGGGCUAGUUUCUGCUUUCGCAAUGCCUACUUCCCGCGUUAUCCCGAUCGUCCGAAGGUCUUCAAGCAGCUGCCCAGCUAUUACUAUAUGCUACAGCACGUGGAACGCACGGCUGAGCAUUGUGAUCGCUACUCGGCGGCCAAGUGUUUGCAUUCCACCAAAUAUGCCGUGGGGCUGCACAAUCAUUUUCCACUGUACCGUGCCCAGACGGGGGAAUGUGAACCGAAAUCGAUUCCAAUUGAGUACGCGCAGUUGCAGCAUUAUCGCGAGCCCGAUAAUAAGACACGUCUGAUUAAUCCGGUGACCGAUGACAAUAUCUGGCGUUUUCAGCCACAGUUGCAGCAACGCGUCUAUGCCAAAUACGAGAAACUUGGCUUUCUGCCCAACAUCACUCAAAUGCAGGAGGCCGAGGAGCAACGCAUUCUCGACGAUGAGCAAAAACUGCGUGAAGCAAUAUCCAUAGCCUAAGCUAGUAGAAAGUUAUCUCUCAGCUCUCUUGCUCUUGCAAGGUCUAUCGCGCAAGGGCGUUUUUUAUCUUUAGAAAUUUGUUUUUUUAGAUAGGUUUUUAUCAUUAGAAGACAUUUACUAAUUAACUAUCUGACAGUUUUUUGUUGUUGUUCAGUUAUCUCAUAGAUAAUAAAACUUUGCUGAUGAAAUGUUUAACAACACCUAAAGCUAAGUCCAUAAUAAUAAUUGAAACGACUUUUUUUUCUUCUUGUUUACUUAGCUUAUUUAAAUACAGAUUUCAAAACAAGGCCAAUAAAGUAUGUUUCUACCUCAGAAAGAAAAAGAGAAAAGCCCAACCAUAAUUUUGUCCAUUGUAAUCAGGUGUAAGAAAACAUAUAAUAUAAAAUAACAAUUAGAAUAUUUGGCUCAUGGUCCCAAAAAAGAAAAAUAUGUAUUUACAUAGUUGCAGCUGAUAUCAUUGUCAUUGCGGUGGCCUUUUAUUUUAAGCAGACACAUUUGUUACCAUUCAAUAAACGAGUUAAGUAAAUACUCUGCUCAAUUGACAUUGACGUAGCUUCAUUCUGUGUGUCUUAAGACAAAAUCAUGUGGUCUGCACAGUCAUGGUUGAAAUCAACAGAAAACCAGAAAACACUUUCGAAACUUUUUGGCUAGAAGCAUAGAAGUCGAGUUGCUGGAUUUUGUUGUUCAAG